GCCCACCCCUAUUAUGGAAGAUAACUGAUACAGUUGGCCUUUGAUAUAGUGCAUCAUCACUCCCGUGAUGACCCAAAGGAAUAAAGGAGAAUAUAUAUUUGGUACAUGAGUAAUUCGGAAAAGCUCACUAACACAUUCUGGGUUGCUUCGGCUUCAGCACCGACUUUGAUCAUCGACAAAGAGAAAAUGGAGAAGGUUCACCAAAUGGUAAAGGACGAAAGGAUCAUGAAGAUUGAGAUUCCUGGCGAUGGCAGUUCCACGCCCGAAGUGUGCUCGGGUGGGCUGACUCGUCAAACGAGCAUCACCAAGACAAACUGCCUUUGCUCACCAACCACUCACCCCGGUUCUUUUCGAUGUCGAAUGCACCGGUCUCUUUCGCUACAACGUACCAAGAGUAUUGAGGCUGCGGCUCUACAGGACGCUCCGGCUAAGCCAUCAGAUUCCCUUAGAGCCACUAAGUAGAUUCAUGGAUGAACAUGAUACCAUGGCAUUUCUCUUGGUUGUUCUAAUGUAAUCAAUAUAGAUGGGAGUACGUAGGGUUCUUAAACUUACGUAUAAAUUUUGUAUUUUAAACUGCUUCGCUUUACGCCUCAACUAUCGGUUGGCAAACAAAGAGAGGCAUAUGAUGUUCAUGUGGCUUGUUUCUUUUACAACAAAUAAUUAAAAUACACCCACUGUUUCGUUAAUAAAUGUUAUUUUAACU